AUGAUAGAUCAAUAUUCAACAAUGACUUCCCAACCAUUAACAUAUGAUGAUUGUUGUUUAUUAUCUAAUAUAUGUUUAAAUUCAGAACGAAUUUUUUAUCUUCUUGAAUGUCGUUUUAAAAGUAAUUCAAUGCGAACAAGUUUUUAUUUUAAAUCAAUUCUUCCUGAAAAACUAUCAAAUAAGGCGAAAAUUUCUCGAUCAUUAUUAAAAAUUCUUCCAAAAAAAGUAAAUUCAGUCGAUAAUAAUAAUAAUAAUGAUGAUGAUGAUGAUGAUGAAAGUAUCUUAUCUGAAUCAUUGGAAGAUGAUAUUGACAAAAUAUCUUUACCAAAGUCACCAAUCAAUGCUGCUGCUGCUGCUGCUGGUGAUGAUGAUGAUGAUGAUUAUCUUAAUAGACUUGCAGAAUGGGAACCUAAUAACCUUCAACCAAUAAUUGAAAAUGAUGAUAACGAUGAUGAUGAAGAAGAAGAGACGAGAAUGGAUGUACAAAAAAUUAAUGAUGAAAAUACUAAUGUUAAUCCUAUGGAUUUAUCAAAAGAAUUACCUGCAAGUCAAGCCGAAGAUGUUCUUGUUACAUUUAUUCAACGUUCAAUAAAAAGUGAACCAAUGAUAUAUGAUGAUAAUGAUUUUAAUCGUUUACAAUUAGAUGGUCAAACAGAUCUACUAUCUGAUAAUAAUCAUAAACAAGUUCAACACAAGAAUGAAAAGAAAAAUCUAGAAGAAAUUAUUGCUAAAAUAACAUUAAAUGCUUCAAAAUCAACUCAAACAAUUCCAUUAAAUAAUAUAUCACAACAAUAUGAUAAAUGUCAAACAAAUUAUAAUAGAAAAAAGAAAAUUUCUAAUCAAUUACGACAACAAAAUAAUAAUAAUAACAAUGAACAAUCAAAAAAAAAGUUUAAAUCACAAUUAUCAUUACCAUUAUUGCAAACAAAUGAAAAAAUUAUUCAUCCAUUUGAUAAACAAAAUUGUAUCUUGUCAAAUAAUCAAACAAUUAAUGAAAAUGCUCAUGCUCGAUAUAAACAUAUGAAUUUACUUGAACAAAUAUUAAAUAAUUUUCACAAAACAUUAACAAAUAAUUCAAAUCUAGAUUGUAUUCAAAAAAAAAAACUUCCAAUAAAUGUUAUAAAAACUUCUAAAUCAACAGAUUUAUCUAUUGUAAAAAAUACGACGAAAAUAAAACGUUUGGAUAAUAAAUUAAAUCAUAAUUUACGAAUUAAAACACGUUCAUCAUCAAAAAAUUAUUUUAAAGUUACUAAACAUUCAUCAAAAAAUGAUAAUAUUCAAUAUUUUCCAGUCGUCAAACAACGAACUGAUCGAAUGAAAUCAUCGAUUAAUAAAACAAAACAAAGAUCAGCAAAUUAUUUUGAUGGAUGUAUUGUACUAGACGACGAUGAUAAUGAUAAGAAUAAUAAUAAUAAUGAUAAUAAGGAGAAUGAUGCUAAAGAUGAUGACAUACAAUUAAUUGAAGAAGAACGUUAUUCAAUUCCUAAUAAUACUCAUACUCGUGAAAAACUUCUCGAUCAUGCUGUUGAUUCAUCAGAAAUGCGUAUUAAAUGGUUAGUUAAUGUUGAAUUACUUUUACUUGAACAUAUUUCAAUAUGUCAUCAAGAAAUUAUUCAACUAAAAAAUGAAUUUCAUUCAAAUAAUUGUUUUAAAUAUGAAUAUUGUGAUAAUAUAUUAUCAUAUUCUAUUGAUCCAUCAUUUAUUUCAAUAAUAAUAUUAAAUUUCUUAAAAAUGUUUAUUAUUCGAAAUUUAAAUUAUGAUCAAGAUGAACUUUCAUUUUUUCAAUAUGGUUUAACAUCUCAUUUACGUUAUUUAUUAAUUGAAUUACCAACAUAUAAUCAUAAAAAUAAUAAUGAUAAUAAUAAUUGUUUACAAUGUUAUCAAUAUAUAUCUAUUAGAAAUAUUUUAUUUGAUUUAUUAUUUGAUUUAAUUGAAUAUGAUUUAUGUGAAAUAUAUAAUAAAAAAAUUUAUCGUUCAAAAUUAAUUGAAGAUGAUUAUUUUAAUCAAUUUCUUCAACAAAAUAAAAUUAUUAAAAAAAAUAAAUUUUUUCAUAUUAAAUUAAUUAUUUAUUUUAUUGAAUUAAUUGAAAUACAUAGAAAUAAAUGUCAAAAUAAAAAAGAAGUUUUUUAUUUAAAUGAUAAUCAAAUAUUUCAAUCGAUUGAAAAUUUUCUUCAACAUAUUAUUUUAAAAAUAAAUAAUUUAAAUCAUGAACGAAUUUCAAUAUGUUUAAAUGUAAUGGAAUUAUGUCUUUUAUUUGUAAAUGACAAAGAAAAACAUAUACAACAAAUGGCUUUAUUCUUAGCAAAAUUAUGUGAAGAACAUCCAACAUAUUUACAUUUAUUUUUAUUUGAUGAAAAUUUAUUAUCUGAUAUUCGUUUAUUAUUAAUCAAUGAAUUAAUAUGGAAGAAAUUUCACAUUAAAUUUAUUUCAAAAGAUCAUAUAAACGACUUUUUUGAUUAUAUUGAAACUGAAAUAAGAUUACGACAUCCAAUCGAUGACAUGACAUUAUUACUCAUUCGAAGUCUAUUCAAUACUUAUGCUGACCUAAUAAUUAAUAUAAAAGAUUGUAUUUACAUGAAUUCUUUUACUGAACAAAUGAUAUCAACGUUACGUGAUCAACUUAAUUUGAUUUACAUAACUUUGACAGAUAUUUCUAAUGUACCAAAUUAUAUUCAACAGAUCAAACGAACGGUGAUACUUUUUCGUUUACUUCAAUGUAAAUGGAAUCAAUUUUAG